AUGAUGAGAUGCCAUGGAUAUUUCCGUGAACAAGAACACGGGAGUGUCGCUGAGCUCGUGGAAAAGGGAACCCGCAGAGACAGUUCCACACUCUUCCUCAGUCUGGUGAUGGAGAAGGGUCACCUUGCCCGGCGGGUGAUGUGGGAAUCCUUUGUGAAAAUGCAGAACGAAUUGCCGAAGCUGAACAAAAUACUGAAAGAAAUCCAGGAGCACGGACCUGAUCCAGAAGAAUACAUGAAUAUCAUCGGAGGUUUAACUGAAUUACCCUCUCAUAUGGAAGAUGUUCAACAGAAACACAAGGAGACUCUGCGAGCACAGAAUGAAACACUGAGCGUCAACACCAUCCUGAUGAAGGAGAAGGUUAAGGAUUUCCCGUUGCGUGAUCGAUACGCUGAGCUCACAAUCAUCUCCACUGUUCGAGAUCGGACACUGGUGGAACAUGAGCUGCUGGCAAGAGGCCGGGACCAUGAAGAGUGGAGAGAGGAAUGUCUCCGGGGAAAACUGGAAAAAAUCAGGACAGAUGAAUUGUUCCACAGCAGCUUUUCCCGGAGUAAUUCCCGAUCUGGGAUUUCAGCAACAGUAGCCGGAGUUGCGGGGAUCGGAAAAACAACAAUGGUGCAAAAGAUUGUUCAUGAUUGGGCCACAGGGAAAAUGUACCCAAACUUCCAGUUUGUUUUCAGUUUCAAAUUCAGGGAUUUGAAUAUGAUUAACUGCAGAAUAAACCUGAGGGAACUGAUUCUGGAUCAGUAUCCUUACUUUGGGAAUAUGCUGCGGGAGGUCUGGAAGAACCCAAAGGGAUUGCUGUUUAUAUUUGAUGGUCUGGAUGAAUUCAAGGGCAGAAUCGAUUUUGCU